UGCAAUCCGAGCCCAAGCCCGCUUGAGCUGCUGUACCGCUCUUGUUUACAGAAGCUACCUGCCCACGACACAAGAAUUGGUCUGAUGGAGCAAAGGCACUCGGCGCGACUCGGUGCGACAAGGCAACAAUGCGACCGGUGUGCAUACAGCACGGAUCAUCCUGGACAUUUGACACGGCACCAGAGAACUCACACAGGGGAGAAACCCUUCAAGUGCAGUGUGUGUGGGAAGGCGUUUGCACUUUCAGCAAAUCUUCAUGUACACCAGAGAACACACACGGGAGAGAAACCCUUCAAGUGCAGCGUGUGUGGGAAGGCGUUUUCACAGUCAUCUACUCUUGUAGCACACCAGAGAACACACACGGGAGAGAAACCCUUCAAGUGCGGUGUGUGUGGGAAGGCGUUUGCACAUUCAUCUACUCUUGUAGCACACCAGAGAACACACACGGGAGAGAAACCCUUCAAGUGCAGUGUCUGUGGGAAGACGUUUUCAGAUUCAUCUACUCUUGUAGAACACCAGAGAACACACACGGGAGAGAAACCCUUCAGGUGCACUCCGUGCGGGAUAGCGUUUGCACGGUCAGCACAUCUUCAAGCACACCAGAGAACACACAAGCAUCAGAAGAUCCACCAGGAGUGGAGUCUGAAAUCAGCUUGUGAAAGUCAAAGUGCUGCAAUGAGCCCAUCUGUCAUCAAACAAGAACCGGAAGAAAAUCCCAGCUUGGACACUUUUAAAGGUAACGAGGUGGAAUAUGAAGAGGUGAAGGUGAAAUGUGAAGAAGUGAUGGUGAAGAGCGAAGAAGUGAAAGUAAAAUGUGAAGAUGAAGAUUCAACUCCAAAAUGGGACCUUCACAUGGAUGGAGGCAACGUGAAGCAGGAGGAGAAUUCUGACUGUGAGGCAGAGCGAGGCAACUCCCAGCAGUUUGUGAGGUGCGGGGAAGACGACGCUGCCGAUUGAUCCUCGCAGCUGCAGGUGAAGGAGAUGGUGCUGCACACUCGCG